CUUUCUUACAUUAUGACUCAUCACUUCUUUUUGGAAAGUUACAAAGCAUAAAUACUUUUUACAAGCACCGGACACUCAAUUCGCAUAUAAACAAACAACUCUACUAUUCUCCAAAGAAAUGAAAUGACCGAAAGUUAAAGUUGCCGCACAAAUCCUGAAAAGAAAGAGAUCAACAAUGGAGUUCUGCACACGGGUUGCCAAUGAGUUGAUGCUCAAGGAGAUCCAAAAGGGUUCUGGCAAGAAUGUACUGUCUUCUCCUUUAUCAAUCAACGCAGUUUUAAACAUGGUAGUUACAGGAACAACGGGCGAUACUUUGAAGCUUAUGUUGGGCUUUCUUGGGUCCGAAAGUGUCGAUGAAAUCAAAUCAAAGUCGACACGCAUUGCAGCACUGCUGCGUGAAUGCAGGCAAUCCUCUAAAAGGGAUUACGGUGGUGGUUUUAUCAGGGAUGAUGGUUUGAUUUUGACCAUGAUCAGUGGAGCUUGGGUCGAUCAACGUUUUCCUCUAGUUCCUGAAUACGAAGAGGUUCUAAAAGGUAUUUUCAAGUCUGAAGCGAACAAUGUUGAUUUUAAAACUAAGGCUGAUCAAGUGGUGGAUGAAAUUAACUCAUGGGCUAAUAUUGCAUCAAGAGGUCUUAUAAAAAACAUUCUCCAAUAUGGGUCCGUACCUACAGAGACAACACUCAUCCUCGCAAAUGUACUCUACUUUCAAGGAUUCUGGCAUGGUGGACGUAAAUUUGAUGAACAGAUGACUGAGAAUAGAAAGUUCUAUCUUCUCAAUGGGGACAAUGUUUCAGUUCCGUUCAUGACUAAUAAUAGCAAGUAUUGCCAUUAUGGAUCGUUUGAUGGGUUCAAGGUUCUUGAGAUCCCAUAUGUAAGUGACCAAGCCAACAAGUUUGCUAUGUACUUUUUUCUCCCUGAUGAGCGAGAUGGGUUGCAAACACUUCUCGGAAAAUUCCAGUCUGGUUCUGGAUUUCUAAAUGAGGAGUACUUCAAGUUAACGCAUGUGAGGCUUGGCGAAUUUUGGAUCCCAAAAUUUAAAUUUUCAUUUGAUUUUGAUGUUUCUGGGAUCAUGGAUGACAUUGGGGAGUCGUCGUCUAUAAUUAAGAAUCCAAGAGACUUGUCUGAGAUGGUGCAUAAUUCUGAGGAUGUUCCAUUCUUUAUCUUAAAGAUGUUUCAGAAAGCUUAUAUUGAGGUGGAUGAGAGGGGCACCAAAGCUGUGGCCACUACUUUGUUAUCGUUGGUAGGAGGAGGUGAAAUCCCUCCGCAAAAUUUAAGUUUUGUUGCUGAUCAUCCUUUUGUAUUCAUGAUCAGGGAAGUGCGGUCGGGAUUAGUUUUAUUCACUGGAGCAGUAAUCAAUCCAAUCCGAGAGGAUUGACUUUGUCUUGGUACUUGUUCUUAGAACCUGAAUGGUUAUUGCCAUGUCGUAGUUUGGAUUAUCUGUGUGUUUUGAACAAUUGGAGUUUUGACAUGUUAAUGUUUAAACUUCAUGGUUGAAGUUUCCUUUAUACAGUAAUAAUUAUGACUUGUAUCCA